GAUCAACAAUUAUAGCAUGAAAUAACCUACUUUGUAACAAACACCGUAAAUUCAUUUCAAUUCAUAACAUUAUUACCGUCUACCAAACAAACAACUAGACCGUAGUCUAGUUCAUCUAUUGUCAUCGUAUUGACAUGUCUAAAAGAGGUAGACAAACACUUAAACAGAAGACAAAUAACAAAACAAAAGGAAAAGAAAAGAAAAGAAAAAGAAUAGAACUAGAAAGUUAAAACAAAGAAAACGCCAAAAAGGUAGAAGUGGAAAUAGCACCAGUAUUUGCUGGAAUAGGAGAGAGAAAAACUCACCUCACCUCACCAUUAUGCUUGCAAAUCCAAGUUUUUUGAUACCAUUGCAUUGUCAAUUCACUCAAUUUCGUGAAUAUUUUGUUAUGAAUUGCCAGUUUCAAACUAGUUUGCUGGGUUUCUAGCAUGAUGUUGAAGAUUUCUAAAGGCUGUGAUGCAGCAGUGGAAUCAUUGUUGGUAUGAAAUAAUUGAUGCAUAUAAGAGGAGGGGCGGAAUUCGACGAUACUGUUCUGCAAUAGUUAGUUUCAGGACUGUUGGGGAGUGCUAAUUAUACACAAACUUUAAAAGGGUCUUGUUGUUCUGCUUUCUGCAAUGUCGAAGGACUCGUAUGAACGGCAGACAAGGAGCUCAUCUGGAAAUGUGCAUCUUGAUGACCAAACCUUGACAAGCGGAGGGUCUGUUGUAGAGUUGCUGUUAUUGCCUAGGAACUGAUUAGUGGAUUGCACUCAGCAGGCAUAUCCCCUGACCAAGCAUCUAUUGGCUCUGGGACAAAGAGGUCCAGCGUAUCAUCAGGCGGUAAGAAUCGAGAUAAAAAGGAAUUUCUUCGGAGAUUUGUAGACAGCAAAAUGUUUACUUCUAAUUUGGAGGAGUGGUUUGAGGCUAUUUCAGAUAGUUCAGGACAAGAGACAUUUGAUGUGCCUUUUGAGUUGGUAGAGCUUCAGAAAUUUGAUUAUGCAUUGGAAGGGGUUUCUUUCCAACAACUCAUCCGUAUGCCUAGUGCUGUCUAUGCUUCUACAUCUGACGGUGUUGAAACUACAGCAUUUCUAGCAAUUGAGGAUUUCCUACAUGCAUGUGUAAAGGGGUUGUGGGAAGCAUUUUGGAGUGAUGGAGAACCUUUACCAUUCUAUGUUGCAUGUCUUAAUAAUGAAAAUAUGAAAUUCUAUCAAGCUGAAAGGGCAAUUGCAAAUGGUAAAGUAGGAGGUCUCUGUGCAGCUUCUAUUUUACUGAAGAAUGCCAAACAUCCACAUGGUAAAUGGGAUGAAGUGCUCGAGCUGGCUCUGUUGACGCCUGAUAUUGGAACCCUUGCAGAAAAGGGUGUGCGUCUUCCUCCUCUGUCCAUAUUAGGUGAAGCUUUAUAUUUUGCUCUCCGGAUGAUGUUGUCUAGAAGCCUUAGCAAGAAUAGUUUUCUUCAAAGUCCAAGCCCUGUUUUUGUGCUUCUUGUUGAUUCUCAAGAUGCUGGUGUGAUAAAAGUUGAAGGAGAUUUGAGCAAAUUGAAGCUAAAUGUAAAUAAUGUAUAUGAGUCUGCCACAGAAUGGAUAAAACAUCAUUCAAAUAUUUCGAUGUCUCCUAUUGAUAGGAUAUGGAAUAAGCUUGGAAAUGCUAAUUGGGGUGAUAUUGGUGCCCUUCAGGUGCUUUUUGCAACUUACCACUCCAUUCUGCAGUUGGCUGGGAUGCCCAAGCAGUCUAUUGAAGAUCUGGCUGCUGAUCACAGUUCUCGUCUUCAAGCAAGAAGAUUAGAGAGGCAACUUGCUGACACCACAGUGAAUGGACAUGGAUUACACCAGUACCAGCAGCGCUAUGGCUCCCCAGAAAUUGUUGAGGUUCUAGAUGAAUCCAACAGAAGGGAGAAUGCUGAGCCGAUGAAUCUAGAAAUUGGGUCAGUUUUAUGGUUGGAGGACUCAAACCAUCAGAAAGGCUAUCAGAUUAGUGAAAUUCGAAGUGAUAGUGAACUUACUUAUUACAUAGCGUUUUCUAUUGAGGACCCUGGAAGGUCUCUCUUCUUAUACAUUGGUUCGCAUCCCUCUCAGGUGGAACCUGCUUGGGAAGAUAUGAAUCUGUGGUACCAGGUUCAGAGGCAAACUAAGGUAUUGACAGUGAUGAAACAGAAAGGUCUAUCCAGCAAGUACUUGCCUCUACUGGUUGCUUCUGGUAAAAUAAGUCACUCUACUCGUUCUAGGAGGUCAAGCUCCAGUGAUGAUUCCAAUCACCUUUGGUGGGGAACCCCUGUCCUUGUGACUAGCCCAGUUGGUGAAACAGUAACUGGUAUGGUCAGAAGUAGCUGUUUUGGCUCAGAUGAGGCUAUCAAAUGUUGCCAUGACUGCUUGUCUGCACUUUCUACUGCCUCUUCUUCUGGCAUUCGACAUGGUGACAUCCGACCAGAGAAUGUGAUAUGCAUUACUUCAGGUGUAAGAAAUCCUUACUUUGUCUUGGUUGGGUGGGGUCAUGCUGUGCUGGAGGAAAGGGAUCGACCUGCAUUGAAUCUUCACUAUUCAUCUACGUAUGCCCUUGAAGAGGGUAAGUUGUACUCAGCGUCUGAUGCGGAGAGCUUAGUUUACAUGCUCUAUUCCUGUUCUGGUGGGGAGCUGCCUGAAUUGGAUUCAGUUGAAGGGGCAUUGCAAUGGAGGGAAAGGGCUUGGUCAAAAAGGUUGAUACAGCAAAAGCUUGGGGAUAUUUCAGCUGUCCUUAAAGCUUUUGCUGAUUAUGUUGAUAGUCUAUGUGGGACUCCGUAUCCUAUUGACUAUGAUAUUUGGUUAAGACGGUUGAAAAGACACAUUCGUGAGGAUGAUCACGGCAAGGAAAUUGACAUGUCAGGUUGAACAUACCUUUUGAGAACCCUUCUCAACAAACCAAAAUUUUUGCUCUCCAACAUUGUAGCAGGGAAAUCUGGAACCUGAGGCGAGCUGUGUAAAUAAAUCAGUUUGAUUGAUGCCAUGGUUGAAACUGGGUGCAAUCCGAUGAGAGGAUGACAUGAAAAAUCAGGGCUUGUAAAGUGUCUGUGAAAGUUUGAGAGCACUGGUUUGAGGGGCAACUUUUGGGUACGUUGAUGAUCAGCUUUCACGUUUUGAGCUUAUCAGAGGAUCUGACUUUUGUAGCUUAUAAUGUGAGGCAAUGGUUGUUCUCAGUUUCUUAUCACAGUGGGGGUUUUAUUUUAAUAUUUUUUGGUAUCAAAUUCAAAUGAUUUGUAAUUCAAUUGUAAAGAAUAGGAUGUCCUUUUUGGUUCGUUCAGAAAUCUGGGUUUUGCUGCUUGUAUUGAAGUCUGUUUAUCGAUUAAAAAAAAAAGCCCAAUUAAUGGUGUAAGUUUGUUACCAUAAUGUUUGGAUGAUGUCCAGA